GCAGAACAGAGCGAGGAAAGGCGCGUUUGUUGCGUUUUGGCCCCAAAGGCCAAAGCCCGCCUUUUGCUUUUCACCUUUCGUUAUAAAAAGCGUUUCCUCUCCUUCUCUUUCCAUUUCUCUCUCUCUCCUCUCUCGCUCGCUGGCUUCGAGGAGAAAAAAGAAAAAUUGGAGAAAUAAUUUAACUGGUUCUCGGAGAAUCUAGGGUUCUUUUUAGCCACGCCUUGCUGAUCUCCUUCGUGAAUUCGAUUCCGAUUCUCACCUGGUACGGUUUUUUAUAUUUACUCUUGGUUAGAAUUCGCGUCAGAUCUGGAAUUUUUGUCAUACUUUUUUUUUCUUUCGAUAUCGAUUCCUAUGAUGACCUCUUCUGUGUCAUAUUUUUGUGCAUUAGGCUUGAUUUGUGUGUUGUUGUUUCGCCGAAUUGCUUGAUCUCGUUUAGUUUUGGUGGUCUUAGACGAUUUGUGGCUUAGACUGUCCAAUGUGGAAUUGAACAGAGUUUGAUGUCUAGCUUUAGAAAUACAGUAAUCUCCUAAUUGUUCAGGAUUUGGUUUAGGAAUUAUGAGAUUGUGCUAUCUCUGGCACGAUAGAAAGGGAAAAAACUAGGUCACUAGCUUUGUUGAAGCGGAAUUGUUGAGCCAUUAUUGAAUCUGUGAUUAUUGAGGUUAUCUCUUCUUACGGAGACUUAUCUGGCAGGUCUUUUGUGGCCUAAAGCUCAUAAGUUUAUGCUAGUGCAAGAAGUUAUAUAGGAAUGACAUAUUAGAUUUACAAUGAUGGAAGUGGGGUUCUCUCUUAUUCAGUGGUUGAUCAGUUCUGGUGCUGACAGUCCGUUUAUAUUUGGAUGGCUUGUAACUGGAUCUGUUGGCCUUCUGGCUGUUAUCUACACAUUUCUUAAAUGGCAGAAAAAAACUUCUUUAAAUUGGGUUAAAGCUGCUGCUAGAGAGAAGAAGAAGGUAUGGAAAAGACUGAGAGUUCCACUUUCUCAUCAUCAAUGGACUGAUGAUUAUGGUUAUGGGCAACAGCCAUCCACUUGCUGUGUUUGUCUCUACUCCCUUGUUCCAGGUCAAAAUGUUUCUAAUAAAGCAUCUCUGAGUAUUCCCGUCCACCGAUGUGCUGUAUGCGGUGUAGCAGCUCACUUUUAUUGCUCAAGCUCUGCAGCAAAAGACUGCAAAUGUGUUGCACAGGCUGGGUCUGACCAUGUCCGACAUCACUGGUCUGAGCGAUGGGUUAACAUGGAUGAUAAUGCUGACAUGACUGCCUUUUGCUUCUACUGUGAUGAACCUUGUGGUAUUCCUUUCAUUGAAGCUUCUCCUAUGUGGCACUGUCUUUGGUGCCAGCGCCUCAUACAUGUUAAGUGUCACAUGAUUAUGUCCAAGGAAUCUGGUGAUGCUUGUGAUCUUGGCUCUCUCAGAAGAGUAAUCCUCUCUCCAGUACAUGUAAAACUCAAUGAAGCAAAUGGUGUCGAUGGAGUACUGACUACUAUUAAAAACGAGUUAGCAUCUAUACGAGGGCAUGUGAGAAGAAAGCGCCACAGGGGAAAAAAUGGGAAUGGCCAAUCUUUAAAUGGUAAGCUACUGGAGGAUUCAGUCAGCGAUCCAGUAAAAACCGUAGUUAAUGGGCUUGUAGUGAAGAAACUACGCAGAGAUAGGAGCAUAGAUUGCUUAAAGCAAGUCUCGGACAUGCCUAAUGCCAAAGGGUUGCAAAAUGGUAUAGGCGGGCACAAACGAAAUAAAAGUGCCGCUUUAAAUUUUAUGAAGAAGUUUUCCUUGGUUGAUUUGCCCCCAGAUGCAAGACCGCUUUUAGUCUUUAUUAACGCCAAAAGCGGAGGUCAACUCGGUCCUUUUCUUCACAGGAGACUUAAUAUGCUAUUGAAUCCAGUACAGGUCUUUGAACUUGGCUCUUGUCAAGGGCCAGACGCUGGUUUAGACCUAUGUAGCAAAGUGAAGUAUUUUAGAGUUUUGGUGUGUGGAGGAGAUGGAACAGUUGCAUGGGUGCUUGAUGCUAUUGAGAAGCGCAAUUUCGAAUCCCCUCCACCUGUCGCUAUUCUUCCUUUAGGCACAGGAAAUGAUUUAUCUAGAGUUUUGCAGUGGGGAAGAGGUAUUUCAGUAGUUGAUGGACAAGGAAGUCUAAGAACGUUUUUGCAAGACAUUGAUCAUGCUGCAGUUACAAUGUUGGAUCGAUGGAGUGUUAAAAUUGUAGAAGAGAGUACAGAAAAAUUUCCAGCAAGAGAAGGCCAUAAGUUUAUGAUGAAUUACUUAGGUAUUGGCUGCGAUGCAAAAGUUGCAUAUGAAUUUCAUAUGAUGCGGCAAGAGAAACCUGAGAAGUUUUGUAGUCAGUUUGUAAAUAAAUUACGAUAUGCUAAAGAAGGUGCGAGGGAUAUAAUGGAUCGAGCAUGUGCCGAUUUACCAUGGCAAGUUUGGCUUGAAGUUGAUGGAAAAGACAUUGAAAUUCCUAAGGAUUCAGAGGGUCUAAUAGUACUUAACAUUGGAAGCUAUAUGGGUGGAGUAGAUCUUUGGCAAAAUGAUUAUGAACACGAUGAUAAUUUUAGCAUUCAGUGUAUGCACGACAAGACUCUAGAGGUGGUAUGUGUCCGUGGAGCGUGGCACCUUGGCAAACUACAGGUCGGUCUUUCUCAGGCUAGGAGGUUAGCACAGGGAAAGGUAAUAAGAAUACAUGUUUCUAGUCCUUUUCCUGUUCAAAUAGAUGGAGAACCGUUUAUCCAGCAACCUGGCUGCUUGGAGAUAACUCACCACGGGCAGGUGUUUAUGCUAAGAAGAGCAUCGGAUGAACCACGAGGGCAUGCCGCAGCCAUAAUGAAUGAAGUGUUACUCGAUGCAGAAUGCAAAGGAGUCAUAAAUGCAUCUCAAAAGAAAGUACUACUACAGCAAAUGGCUCUCCAUCUCUCGUAGUAAAAAAACAAAAACAGAUCAUCCUCUCACCAAAUUUUGGUAACAAGAAGAGUUAACUUACAAUCUUGUCUUACCCACUAGAAAGCCAGUCCCGGGUACGAGAUUUUUUGUCUAUUUAACCUUAAUUUUUGUUUCAAUUUUGUUUUGUUUUGGUGUUUGUGAAGAGUGCCAUAUGUAUAGAUAGUGUGCCCAUACGAAAGCCACUGAGAUUGGCGUCAAAAAGUGUCAAGUAGAGAAAGUUUGAUUAUAUACAUCAUACAGUGAUCGGUUUUAGGGUAAUACAAAGGCUCUAUUACCCAUGAGUUUUCUGAUAUUCGUUUUUUGUUACUUAACAUUAUUUACGCAAUUACGCUCCAUGUGUCAUAAGAUCCAACUACGUGUAUUGCCAGACCCACCGCCUAAAAAGCAGACCCUUGACCUCUCUCUAUAUACAGAAGCUUGACUUGCUGAGAAACUUCGAUUUCUCAUUUUACAUUGUUUCCUAAAAAUACCAUGAUGUUAUAUUUGUGGAAUCAUUUUAUACCAAACACGGAAUAUUUUGUUCAAGGGAAUCAAUGAUAUUUUGGCUAAUAAGUACUUACUAAAGUUUAUCUAUCAUUUAAUUACCUUACUAGUUUUGUUAUUUCCUUAAAUAUUGGGCUUAUCCAGAGCAAUUAGUCUUUUGUAUCAUUAACAGAAUUGGGUGCAACACUCUGAUUCUUUAGGUAGUGUCAUCCCUUAUCUCACUGCUAUAAGCCUAUAAAACAAAUACCUUUAAUCGUAGGAUCUCAUGCAUUAAUGCUAGUACAAUUGCAUUGCACUUAGUAGUAGUUUAUCAUAUACACAAUACAUAAUCUUUUUUUUUGGUAAGUGGAUAAAUAAAACAGCUUCUUUCCAUCCAUCAUGCGACCUCCAAAGAAAAUAUCUACAGAAAGAAACAGAAUAAUUUCAAAAUUCAGAGCAAAAUAAUAUCAAGAAAAAAUUAGAACCAAAAAGAGACAUGUCAUUUGAUUUUAGGGAUAUUAUAUUAUCCGGAUGGGAAUUUCAUUUAUUAUUUGAUUUGCUCAAUAAAAAUGUAUGAUGCUUGGAUCUAGUUUAAGAAAAUUAAAUCUAAUUUCUAAUUCUGCUAGAUUAUAUUGGACUAUUUAGUCAACAAAUGAUAAUUAUAUUAUCAAAAGAUAUAAUUUUGAAUACGACAAUUAAAUUACUUAUUUCAACUAUUUGAAAAAGAAAAAAAA